AGCACCAAGUCACACUUUUCCUCAAGCGCAUCUCUGAUCUCUGAGUGAAAACGCUCCUGCUUUGUAACCUGUUCCUCAGAUUUUUGUAAAAACUUCCACCCAUCAUGUUGGACCCAUCAUCCAGCGAGGAGGAGGAUGAGGUAGUGGAAGAGGAGCGCAAAGCUCCAGCAGCGACAUCAGCAGCUACUCCAAAAUCGCCCUCAAGUGCCCGAGUCCCACCAAGCCGGAGCGGCCAGAGCGCAGGCGGCUUACAGCCGAGCCGCGGCGCCCAUGUGCGGCCCUCCAGUCCCGGACCCGCAGCCGCCGGAGACAAGGAGAAGGACGAUGUGGAGAAACUGCAAAGAGAGGAAGAGGUGAGGAAGAAAAGGCUGCAGCUUUAUGUGUUCGUCAUGAGAUGCAUCGCCUAUCCGUUUAACGCCAAGCAGCCCACCGACAUGGCCCGGCGGCAGCAGAAGAUCAGUAAACAGCAGCUACAGGUAGUGAAGGAUCGCUUCCAGGCCUUCUUGAACGGAGAUACGCAGAUCGUAGCAGAUGAAGCGUUCAUCAACGCCGUCCAGAGCUACUAUGAGGUUUUCCUGAAGAGCGACCGGGUGUCCCGCGUGGUCCAGAGCGGCGGCUUCUCGGCCAACGACCUGCGCGACGUCUUCAAGAAGCACAUCGAAAAGCGGGUGCGUAGCCUGCCCGAGAUCGACGGCCUGAGCAAGGAGACCGUACUCAGCUCCUGGAUGGCCAAGUUCGACACCAUCUACCGUGGCGAGGAGGAUCUGCGCAAGCACCAGCAGCGCAUGACGGCCAGCGCCGCCUCCGAGCUCAUCCUCAGCAAGGACCAGCUGUACGAAAUGUUUCAGCAAAUCCUCGGGAUCAAGAAGUUUGAGCAUCAGCUGCUUUACAAUGCCUGCCAGUUGGACAACCCAGACGAGCAGGCUGCCCAGAUCAGACGCGAACUGGACGGGCGACUUCAGAUGGCUGAUCAGAUCGCGAAAGCUGGUAAGUUCCCAAAGUUUGUGUCGAGGGACAUGGAGGCCAUGUACAUCGAGGAGCUGAAGUCGUCGGUGAACCUGCUCAUGGCUAAUCUGGAGAGCAUGCCGGUGUCUAAGGGAGGGGAGUUUAAACUUCAGAAACUAAAGAGAGGACACAACACGUCCAUCAUCGACAUGGGACAGGAGGACGAGAACCAGCUCUCCAAGUCGGAUGUCGUCCUCUCCUUUAAUCUUGAGGUCGUGAUUAUGGAGGUCCAAGGCCUGAAGUCUCUCGCACCAAACCGCAUCGUUUACUGCACCAUGGAGGUGGAGGGAGGCCAGAAGCUCCAGACCGACCAGGCCGAGGCCUCCAAACCUACCUGGGGAACUCAAGGUGACUUCACAACGACCCACCCGCUCCCCGCUGUCAAGGUGAAACUCUUCACUGAGAGCACAGGAGUGCUGGCUUUGGAGGAUAAAGAGCUCGGACGGGUUGUGUUGCACCCCACGCCCAACAGUCCCAAGCAGUCCGAGUUACACAAGAUGUCGGUAUCUAAAGGCUGCCCGGAUACUGACCUCAGGAUCAAACUCGCUGUUCGCAUGGACAAACCUCAGAACAUGAAACACUGUGGAUAUCUUUGGGUCAUCGGCAAAAACGUGUGGAAGAGAUGGAAGAAAAGAUUCUUUGUCUUAGUGCAGGUUAGUCAGUACACGUUUGCCAUGUGUAGCUACAGAGAGAAGAAGGCCGAACCUGUAGAGUUGCUCCAACUGGACGGAUACACUGUGGACUACACCGACCCCCAGCCAGGUUUGGACGGUGGCAGGGCUUUCUUUAACGCGGUGAAGGAAGGGGACACUGUGAUCUUUGCCAGCGAUGAUGAGCAGGAUCGGAUCCUGUGGGUUCAGGCCAUGUACAGAGCGACAGGCCAGUCACACAAACCGGUUCCACCCACACAGGUCCAAAAACUUAAUGCUAAAGGAGGUACAGCACCACAACUCGAUGCUCCAAUCUCCCAGUUCUACGCAGACCGUGCUCAGAAACAUGGGAUGGACGAGUUCAUCUCAGCGAACCCUUGUAACUUCAACCAUGGAGCACUGUUCGAGAUGGUACAGCGCCUCACUCUGGACCACAGGCUAAACGACUCCUACUCCUGCCUGGGUUGGUUCAGUCCGGGCCAGGUAUUCGUCAUGGAUGAGUACUGUGCCAGAAAUGGUGUCCGGGGGUGUCACAGGCACCUCUGUUACCUGAACGACUUGUUGGCGAGGGCUGAGAACGGAGCAAUGAUCGACCCCACCCUGCUUCACUACAGCUUUGCUUUUUGUGCUUCACAUGUGCACGGUAACAGGCCUGAUGGAAUUGGCACUGUCACCGUGGAGGAGCGUGAACACUUCGAGGAGAUUAAAGAACGGCUGCGAGUGCUGCUGGAGAACCAGAUCACACAUUUCAGAUACUGUUUUCCAUUUGGACGACCAGAGGGAGCUUUGAAGGCUACACUAUCUCUGCUGGAGAGGGUUUUGAUGAAGGUCAUAGUAACACCGGUGCAGCAGGACGAGGUGAAAGCCGUGAUCCGGAAGUGUCUGGAGCAGGCAGCGUUGGUCAAUUACCAGCGCCUCUCUGAGUAUGCCAAAGUGGAAGGGAAAAAGAGAGAAAUGUAUGAGCAUCCUGUCUACUGCUUGGCGUCACAAGUGAUGGAUUUAACCAUUCAGAACGUGGGCCGCUUAAUUACUCCUGCCAAAAAACUGGAGGACACACUCCGCCUGGCAGAACUGGUCAUCGAGGUGCUACAGCAGAACGAGGAGCAUCAUGCAGAGGCGUUCGCGUGGUGGUCUGAUCUAAUGGUGGAACACGCUGAGACGUUUUUGUCCCUCUACGCCGUGGACAUGGACGCGGCGCUGGAAGUGCAGCCUCCCGACAGCUGGGACAGUUUCCCUCUCUUCCAGCUGCUCAACGACUAUCUACGCCUCGACUACAACCUGUGUAACGGGAAGUUCCACAAGCACCUGCAGGACCUUUACGCUCCUCUAGUGGUGAGAUACGUGGAUCUAAUGGAGUCCUCCAUCGCCCAGUCCAUUCACCGGGGCUUUGAGCGCGAGUCCUGGGAACCUGUCAAGAAUUUAACAAGUAAUCUGCCCAAUGUCAACCUUCCAAACAUGAACCUUCAAAUGCCCAAAGUACCAAAUCUACCACUGUCAGUUAGUCUGCCACCAGUGCAAAUGCCUCUGUUUUCUACCCCCAACUGGAUGCCGGUCAGAUGGGAUACAGAUAAUGGAUCAGGCACGUCUGAGGAUCUGUUCUGGAAGCUGGACGCCCUGCAGACCUUCAUUAAAGACCUGCACUGGCCCGAGGAGGAGUUCGCUAAGCAUCUGGAGACAAGACUGAAGCUCAUGUCUAGCGACAUGAUCGAGUCCUGUGUGAAGAGAACGAGGGUGGCGUUUGAAGUGAAGCUGCAGAAAAGCAGCCGGACAACAGACUUCCGCGUCCCGCAGUCCGUAUGCACCAUGUUUAAUGUCAUGGUGGAUGCCAGGGCACAGUCUGCCAAGCUCUGUGCCAUGGAGGUUGGCCAGGAGAGGCAGUACCACUCUCAAAUUGACAAUCUGAUUGAGGAGACGGUGAAAGAGAUGAUUACUUUAUUGGUGGCAAAGUUUGUGGUGAUCCUGGAGAGCGUCCUGGCCAAGCUGUCUCGUUAUGAUGAAGGCACGCUUUUCUCCUCCUUCCUGUCCUUCACUGUCAAAGCUGCUUCAAAAUAUGUGGACGUACCUAAACCUGGCAUGGAUGUAGCCGACGCCUACGUGACGUUUGUGCGCCACUCUCAGGACAUGUUGCGGGACAAGGUCAAUGAGGAGAUGUACAUAGAAAGAUUAUUUGAUCAAUGGUACACGAGUACGAUGAAUCUCCUGGGGACCUGGUUAACAGACCGGAUGGACCUGCAGCUUCACCUCUACCAGCUGAAAAUCCUUAUUUGGAUUGUAAAGAAGAAGUAUCGUGACUUCCGGCUGCAGGGUGUCCUGGACUCGACUCUGAACAGCAAGAUGUACGAGACAGUGAAAAACCGGCUGAUGCUAGAGGAGGCCACGGCGUCCGUGAGGGACGGAGGAAUGCAGGGCAUCUCCAUGAAAGACAGCGAUGAAGAAAAUUAGCAAUGAACAAUAAGACACCACGUGAUGCGGCUAUGUUUGUGUAGUCUGCUGAAGCCAUGCAUGUACACCGUCCGUCAAGCUUCCUUAUGUUUUUUUUUUUUACAAUGGAGUCUUAUAAAGACUUAUAAAGGGCCCGAGUUUAUUUCUGAAAUGGGAUGCUAAAAAUUACAACUACUAUUCAAUGUUCGUCAAAUUAUGGUAACAAAGUAAAAAUAAAACAAGUAAUAAUGUCCAAAAUUUGUUCCUAAAUGUUUCAAAGCAAUAUUGCGUACUGCUUUUAGACAACAUUCUGCGUAAGAUGGUUAGGAAUCAUGCCCUCUGUGUCCCUGUUCGAUGCGAAUGUGUACGAAGCUUCUUGUGUGUAUUGUAAAUAUAUGAAUGGUACAUAACUGUGGAUAAAAUAAUAACUAGAACUUUAUUUCUUUGAUUCUUUUUGCAUGUAUGCAGGAUGAAUUUGCUAUGUUGUAUUUUUCGAUCGUUGCAAAGUCGUAUUUAUAUUUUGUUUCCGCGAAUGAUAUUCAAUCAAUAAUCAUGUUAUCAUCACCAAAUGAGAACAGCCAUGUUUUCUGAUACGAGUCGGUCCUGAGUUAAUGCAAUAUUUUGCCGUAGCUUUAUUACAAAAUACUUUGACCAAGUGUGACCUACUUUUUCAUGUUUUACUUUGUGAUAUAAAUAAGCGUUAUUUUAUCUAUUCAGUAGGUGCAUUAUCUAUGUGAACCAAAAUCACCAGAUUUUCGCAGAUCCAGUUUGUUUGUCUGUUUUUUUUUGUCAUAUUUGAAGCCGACACUGAUC